AUGGAAUUAUCUGGCUAGAGCGACCUAGUAAAAGAGCCUUUCCAAACAGUCUUUGACCUACAAAAUAAGUAGCUCCAGCAGUGCAGAUAAGAAUUAAAUUAAAUAUAUCUAAAUUAGCAUUAUUAUAUUACCUCCAAGUAAUCAUUAAGCCUGAUGAAAUAAUAGAUCCAAAAUAACCAUAUUACAUCAAUACAGCCUAAGAGAGCUUUCUCCUCAUAUUAUGGAUAAUUAUAUCCAUAGUUGAUAAGCUUAGACUAAAGAUAAUAGCUAAAAAAUAACCAAACGUUUAGUGGCGUUAUUAAUCCCUCUACUCUUUUGAUAAAAACAUAUAAUCAUCACUACUUGAAGAGGUAAAAAAAUCAAUAAUUAAAUGAGGCUUAAUAAUCAAUAAAAUUCCUAUUAUAUUUAGAACUGAAGGUAAAAAGAUAGGACGUCUGA